AUGCCAGGCGGAGAGACCGCUCACUGGUGCUACCAGUGCCGACAGACCUUCAGGCUCCGACAUGGGAGGGAGCUGGUCUGCCCCCGCUGCCAUGGUGGCUUCGUCCAGGAGCUCGAUGACAUGGAGGGCCGCGGCAGCCCCCUGAGCUUUAUCGGCUACCACUCAGGCCAGGAGGACGAGCCCCGGCUGGGGAUGGUGGACGCCAUCUCCGCCAUGAUGUCAAACCUGAUGGGGACGACCAGAGGCAGCUCCCGAGGGAGGGCAGAGCAGGGGAUGGGGCUCGGCCCUCCGCCAUGGCUGUGGUUCCAGGGCCAGCUCCCCUCGCGCUUUCCACCCGGCGGCGGCGGCGGAAUAGAGGUAGUCUUCCCCGGCGACGGCGUCGGCUUCGGUCUCAGGCGGGGGAACGUGGAGAACUACUUCGUCGGGCCCGGAGUAGACGAGCUCCUCUUCGAGCGGCUAGGCAGGGGUAGCGACCAGCGAGGGCCGCCGCCGGCGCCGCGGGCGGCGAUCGACGCCCUGCCCACCGUGAAGAUCAAGCAGCGCCACCUCCGCGGCGACUCCGCCUGCCCCGUCUGCAAGGACAAGUUCGAGCUAGGCGCAGGGGCGCGGGAGCUGCCCUGCAAGCACCUGUAUCACUCCGACUGCAUCGUCCCCUGGUUGCAGCUCCACAACUCCUGCCCCGUCUGCCGCCAGGAGCUCCCCUCCAGCAGCAGCCCCGCCGCCGCCGCCGACCGCGGCGGCGGAGGGGAGCCGCAUGGGAGGAGGAACCCCUUGUCCUUCCUGUGGCCCUUCCGCGCCGCUGCCCCGAGCUCCAACAGCAGGUACCACCGGAGCGAGUCCGGGGGAGGAAGCAUUGUCCCCGGGGUCCACGACCAGAUCAACCACAUUAGUUACUCCGAUCGCCCCUUUGACUGA